AUGCUUAUUAUACUUUAUCUAAAACAAAAUUGGCUCAUAAAUGCAAUCAUUAAUAGUUAUGAGAAAUAUGUAACAAGUUCACAAUUACUCGAUGAUGAAAAAAAUGUUGAUAUGACACGUGCUUCUCUUAUUAAACUACAAUGUUGUGGUUUUAAAGAAAAAAAUCGCCCACAAAAAAUAUUUAAUCAAAUUGACUUUUGUAAUAUUAUUGAUACAUCAAAACCAUUAUGUGAUGAAAAAAUGAAAAAUGAUCUUCAUCAAAAUUUAGUUCCAGUUAUUAUCAUACAUGCUAUUUUGACGGGCUUAAGUACUUUAGUUUGCAUAGUGGCUACAUAUUUGGCAUGUGUUACAAGCAAUGAGACAUAA